UAGCUAACAUGAGCUAAUGGCUAAUAGUGAUUGUAUAACUAAUGGCAUUGGGGAACAGAUUCAACGUUCACACCAGUAGACUGGGGGCAAAUAAUAUAAGUACCCUGUGAACAACUGUGUGAGUUCAACUACACUUCCAACCCCGUGGACACACACGCAACGUGUGUAUGUCCACUCGUUGUUCCGCGUGGGGGAUUUGGCUUGCAGCUUAGGAAACACAAGACACGUCGAGAAAAACCAUGGCCGAGACCAGUGAAAACCUGAAGAACUACGAGGAGAUGUUUGCCAACAGAUUUUCAGCGGACGACAAAGAGUACCAGCAGUAUCUGAAUCGUCCAGCUGACAUCCCACCCAUCGUCGAGGACUGGAGGAGUCGUGGAGGUGGAAACAGCAGAGGCAGGGACAGGUACCAGGACCGUCGAGGUCGUGGUUGGGGAGGAGGUCGAGGUUGGGGAGGGGAACAUCGUGGGCAGCAACACUGGCAUGACAGAGACAGAGACAGAGACAGGCACUGGGGGCAUGGAAGUGGGUAUCAGUCAGGCCCUCCAAGCUCCAACCAGGGAUACAACUCCUAUCACCAGAGACCACAUUAUGACCGCUGAGCUCUACUCUAAUACAUUGGGUGUUAACAGUAUUCACCGUCUUACAAACUGCAUUCUUGACUCGUAUUUCCAGUCUCAUAAGCUGAGUACAAGACACAAUGUUUAAGCAAUAUUAAUAAUGUGCUAUCGAUCAUUGUAAUAGUGUAGAACUUUUUUAUUGUGACAGUUUUCUUUGUCAGAAUUAAAAAUACAAAGACAAUACGUAGUCCAAUCUUUCCCAGAAUUAUUUCUUAAAUGUGACGCAGAAGAAAACAGAUCCUGUUUGACCGCCACUUACCUUUUACAAAAUACAGUCAUUCUUUCCAAUAUAUAUUGCUCAGCCUAUUAAUCAUAAUACAUUUUCAUUCAAUUUUUGGAAAUGAUAACAACAUACUUGCUGUUUUCAAUACUGGCACUCAUUAAAAAUGACAAAAGUAAAAUUUCUCUUAUAUUUCAGGUAUAUGGGCUGUUUUGAUUAUUACAUUAUACGUUGGACUUUUGUGUUUAGAUAGUUUUUAAUCUACGUCUUUACAUGCUUUUUGGGUAAAGUAUUGUUGCAAGAAGUGAAUGAGUUUCCAGAAAAAAUCUGUUGGUAAUGCAGCUUUAUUUUUGUGUCACAACAUUGUUUAAGGAUACAGAUGAACU